ACCAGGUUGACUAAGCUCGAUCUGAUAUGUCUUCUCAACAGAUGGUAUUGUUUGCAUAUAUUCUAGGAGCCUUAUCCCUGGUCCUUCACGUUCUAGUCACUGCGCUAGUUACUGGGCCCAGAUACUCGGUUGUUGAACGCCUGGAAAAGAUUCCGGAUGACUGGGUAGAUGUGGGGACGCCUUCCCCGUCGAAGUCGAUCGAACUUCAGCUGGCAGUCCACCCAGAAAGAAUAUCUGAAUUUGAGCAAAGGGUCAUCGAAAUAUCUACUCCAGGGAGCCAGAACUAUGGAUAUCACAUGAGUCGUGACGAAGUCAGGAGCUUUUUAUAUUCGUCUGAUGUAGCUCCGCGGAGGGUUCUCUCUUGGCUUGAAGCCGCGCAUAUACCUGCUACAUCUAUCAGCAAGUAUACAGGCUGGAUUACUUUUACAGUCCCAGUCUCGCAAGCGGAGCAGUUGUUAAAGACACGGUUCUAUAUCUUUGAGCACAAGAAAUCGAAAGCCACCGUCGUCAGGACUCUCAAAUAUUCGGUGCCUAAAGAACUUCGAUCGCUUGUGCAGAUGAUUCAGCCAACCACCCGGUUUGUCCAGCUUAUGCCGCAAGCUGAGCCGCCACUCCUUCAAGCUCUACCCGCCACCCUCAAAGAUCUAGUGGCAGGCUGUUCAUCAAUAGUCACACCUAACUGUCUCCGCGAACUGUAUGGAAUCUCUGAUUCCAAGCCCAAGCCGGACCGUCGUAACAGGCUCGGGGUAUCUGGUUUCCUGGGUCAGUAUGCACGCUAUAGCGACUUUCAUCAGUUCUUGCGCCUUUAUGCACCGAAAAUAACAGACACUAACUACACUGUGGUGUUCAUCAAUGGUGGUCUCAAUUUGCAAGAUUCUUUGGAGGACAGCUCCGAGGCAAGCUUGGACAUCCAGUACGCUGCUGCUCUAGCCGAUAACGCCUUCACAACAUUCUACAGCACCGCCGGGCGUGGCCCGGUUAUACGUGACUUAGGGCCUAAUGGCGCAAGUGAUCCUCAUGAGCCAUACCUUGAACAACUUCGUUAUCUGUUAGACCUCCCAGAUGACGAACUGCCUGCUGUCCUAACUACGUCCUACGGUGAAUUAGAACAGAGCGUGCCAGAAAUUUACGCGAGAGCCACAUGUAACAUGUUUGCUCAGCUUGGAGCGCGCGGAGUCUCUGUGAUCUUUAGCAGCGGCGAUUCGGGCGUUGGGGACUCUUGUAUAACCAAUGACGGGACUAAUCGGACAAGGUUCCAACCGCUUUACCCGGCAUCUUGUCCUUUUGUUACGUCUGUAGGUGGCACCUACGGUAGGGAGCCUGAAAUGGCCAUUGGCUACUCCACAGGCGGCUUUUCAGAAUACUUCCCGCGUCCUUCUUACCAGAAUGGCAGUGUCAAUCAAUAUCUCAGUCAACUGGGGUCCAAAUGGGAAGGGCUCUACAAUCCCAAUGGAAGGGCCAUCCCCGAUGUUGCUGCCCAGGCGGAUCAUUUUAUUAUCAUGGAUCAUGGACAGCUUCUAAACACGGGAGGCACCAGUGCUGCAGCGCCCGUGUUUGCUGGUAUUAUCUCGCGGUUGAAUGCAGCUCGGCUGGAGAACAACAAGCCACGGUUGGGGUUUCUCAACCCUUGGCUCUAUUCUCUCAACCAGACUGGCUUUACAGACAUCGUCGAUGGAGGUUCGGUAGGGUGUUUUGGUGAUGUUGGACGGGAGGUGCCGUAUGCAAGCUGGAAUGCAACGCCCGGGUGGGAUCCCGUCACAGGGCUUGGAACGCCCUACUACAAAGCACUUGUUGGACGGGCUAUGUGCGUAUAA